AUGACUCGGCUUAUUAUUAAUUUUUCGAGUUUUUUCGGAAUUUUGGCGCUUCAGAAUCAAUGGAUGAAGGAUAUUUUGAAAGACAACUGCAUUGACACUGAUAUCCAUGAUGUGUGUCUCCAUGGUUGUCGGAUUGAAUACAUUGACUGUCUUGCCGGAUGUGGUGACCAAACACUCUGUCAGAAUCAGUGUCGCGUUGAUUUUGGAGCUUGCGAUUCAUCAUGCCCAUGUGGCCUGAAUUGCCCCCUCGGCUGCAAGGGUUGCUCCCAUCCCCUCUGCGAAUGUUACGAAGCUGAGAUCAACAAUGAAAAUUACAAACAAUGCAUUGAAAACGCCUUGGAGGAUCAAAAUAAUUGCAUCAAGAGCUGCCCUCCAAGUCUCAUCUGCAUGGAAGAAUGUUGCAAAGCGUACCAGCUGGAGGUCAAAUCCUGCCCGUGCAUCGAAGAGGGCACAAAUCCUUGUAAGAAUAAUCCUUGUCAAAAUGGCGGAACUUGCAAUGCAGAUGGGGAACAGUAUUCUUGCUCUUGUCCCAUCGGCAUUUCAGGCAACAAUUGUGAGACAACACCUUGCUCUUCUGAACCCUGUGAGUACGGAGAGUGCAGUUUUGUCGGAGCCAUUUGGAGCUGCGAGUGUCCAAGUGAGCUUUUCGCUGGCCGAGAUUGCUCAAUAACUCCGUGUGAAAAUGACGAUUCGAAUCUUCCCCCAGCAUGUUUCAAUUAUGGCGAGUGCAGUAUGGUCGGCGAUGAUUACAUCUGCAAGUGCCCAGAAUUCCAUACUGGAGAUAGAUGCGAAUCUUAUCCUUGCAUGCAUCUUCCUUGCCAAAAUGGGGGAGUCUGCGUUAAUACUGGAGAUGACUCAUUUGAAUGUCAAUGCCCAGAAGACAUUACGGGAGAGCUUUGCGAAGAACUUCCUCCUGUGACAAACAGCUGUUAUGAAAUGGACUGCGAAGAUGUCUGCAUUGAGAUGGAGGAUGGACCAAGAUGCUUCUAUAAUCAACUUGUUGGAUUUUUGAACAAUAACAACAAUGAGUUCACUGUCACUUGCGGAAACCCCUACAAUCCAUUUAUGCUGACAACGCCUGAAAUUGAGAUUCAUCAUUUGGAAAUCGAACCGACUUAUAAAUUGAAUGAGUACUUCAUCAACAGUCAUGGCUGUGGAGGACAAGGCAAUUGUCGAGCUAGUUUUGCAAAAGAUAUGCUUGAUUUGGGAGAUGAAGUCAAACAUGAAGAAGUCGGAAGAGCUGGUUUUUUGCAAACUUGGAAACUUCAAAAAGCAUGCGGAGGCCCUGAUUGUGAUAAUUGGUGGAUAAAAACGACAGUCACUGAUAGUAAAGGACAAGAGCUUGCUUGGAGAGGCGAAGUUGAAAUGAUGGAGAGAGGCGAUUUUCUGGCACAACCAGAAUUUUCCAUUAUUUAUCUAUGUAUUUUAAAAUGUCAAAAACCACACACUUUCCUUCUGAUUCGCGGAAACUCUUCGUAUUCGAGAGAUCAAGAGAGCAAGAUGUCCACUUCUUCAAAAUCAAGCGAUUCCAAUAAGACACUGAAGAAUUCUUCCGUGGGAAGCACUCCGAAAGAAUUUUUCGAAAGUCAACAGUAUAAAAAAUUCACUGAAGACUACGAAGAGGUUGAUAGAGAACUCGCACCGAUUCUUACAGAUCUUGAAAAUAAUCUCGGAGCAUUCUCUCAUUUGAAGGCUAAAAUUGAAUCUCUUGGCAAUCAACUUAAAAAAACAAAAGAUGAGAAAAACAACCUAAAAAAUCAGCUAGACACACAAAAACUGAAUAGAAAAAACUUGGAAAACGAAAAAAAUCUCCUUGAGGAAGACGUUGCUCUCCAGCAGCAAAAACUGACCGAACUCGACAAAAUAAAGGAAAGCAUUUCUGAUCAGCUUGUAAGAGUCAGAGAUGAAAUGAACGUCACAGAUAAUGAAAACAACCGGCUCUCCUACGAACUGGAUCAGCUUAAACGAGAGCAUGAAGAAACUGAGCAUGAUCUCAAACAAGCUCGAAAGAAACUCUCCUUGCAGCAAAAAGAACUCGAAGUUCUGAAAGAAGCAACGGCAAAAUCCAAGGAUGAGCAUGACAAACUCAUGACCGAAUACACUUCCGCUCUCGACAAGAUUGAGAAGCAGGAAGAGAUGCAGGCAUCGAUGAGCUCAAGAGCAGAUGAACUUCAAAGUCAUUUGGAUCAGAGCCGCGCAGAAUGCGAAUUGUACGAAGAGGAAAUCAGAGAGCUGAAGAGAAAGAUCAGAGUUUUGGAGGAAAAAUUAAUGAACUCGGGAAGAAGAUCUUCAGAUUCUGAAAUUCAAGAUAUGAGUCUCGGAGACUCCCUUGUUGAGAAAAUCGAAAAUCUGGAGAUAGAAGAUGACUGGACUGCUGAAGAACGGGCCAAACUCGAGAUAGUGAAUGAGUUGCGCUACAUCUUCAGCGAGCCAGAAAUCGCCAGAGAAGAAGCUUCCGGUCCAUCAUCCUUAGAUUCUCGCGCUGGAGAGAAAAGGAAAGAAAGCAUCGAUGUUCUGAAAGAAUCUAGAGAAACUAUCCGCCUUCUUCAAUCCGCUCUUGAAAAGCUCACCGACGAUUCUGACGAGCAUAAAGACGUCACUUCGGAACUCAAGGGUCUAUCAGAUCAAAGUGUUCGACUAACAGAUCAGCUCAAAAAACGACUUGAUAACAUUGACGAACAACACAAAUCUUCAAUAGAAAAAGCCGAUUUUAUGCGUGAAACGAUGAGAGCGCUUAUACAACUUGGACAAGAUCGAGGUGUCCAGCGAGAAAGCCAAGAUGAGUCCGUGGCUAACAUGAUCUUUGACCUCUAG